AUGAAAAAUAGAUCUGAUUUAAAUAUUGGAAACCCAAAUGUUUCAGAAGAUUUCAGAUAUAUUCAUAAAACAAAUUCAACUACAAAAAAUAUUCAAGAACAAAAAUCUAAUAGUAGUGAGAUAAUUAACGAAAUAUUGGCAAUAGAACAAAAUGAAAAAAACAAAUUUGAAAAUAAAAAUAAUUAUAAAAAUAUAAAAUUAUCUGAUGAACAUUUAGAAUCAUUCAACAUUAUAGAUAAAGAAAUAUUAGAUAAUAAUAAUAUAUGUUGUAAAAAAGAAGGUAAUAAAAUGAAAAAUUAUGAAGUGUCUAAUGGCAAUAAACAGCUAGAAAUAGAAAAAAACAAAAAAAGGAAAAAUAAUAUAUAUGAUAAUUAUGUGUCUAAAGAAAAAUGCCAAGAAAACAUAGAAAAAAUAAAUGAUAAAAUAAAUGAAUUGCUGAAAAGAGUUUUUAAAGUAUACAGAGAAUCUAAUAAGAAGCAAUAUUUUUCAAGAUUAUUUCAAAUGAGAGAUAUAAAUUGUAUAUUUAGCUGCAUGUUUUUUUCAUUUCUAAUUAUAUUUUUUAUUAUGAAUGAACACAUUGGAGUCUUAUUAUCAUUGUUAUUAUUGGUGAUAUCAAUGCAAUUAAAAUUCAGUCGAUCAUAUAUGACAUUGCUAAAUUCUAUUGUAGGUGUGAUUAUUAUUUCUAUCUUCACAAUUUUUUCGACUGUUAAUACUAAAGAUGAAAAUACAAGUGCUAAUGUGCCAAAAAAUGGCUUAAAUACAAACUCGAAUAAAAAAUUAUUGGCCUUAGAGGCAAUUAUAUGCUAUAUUUAUGCAUUUACUCUAUUUAUAUAUAUGUUUACGAUAAAAUCAAAUAAAAAAUAUAAAAUGCAACACUUAUGGAUAUACCAUAACAUAGUUAAUUUUUUUAAUUUGUUUGAUGUAUGCUUGAUUUUUUGCUUUGGUUUAUUGGCAUUUUUUUUUAUAUUUAGUUGUUUUGGGGAAAUAUUAUUCAUUAUAAUGUCUUUUAUUUUAUUUUCGAGUAGCCUUUUUAUAUAUUGUAUUCGUAAAUACAGUAAUAUAAUAAUAGUUAUUCUUCAAACAAUUUUAUUAGUUACUAAUUCUGUUAUAGCCUCUGCUUCUUUAUCCAAAGAUAUUUCGUCAAAAUCACCAGCUAAUGAUAAAUCAAAAGAAUUAUAUAAAAUUUAUUUAUUUUACAUGGUAUUCCUCAUAUUUUUUUUUGUUUUUCAUGUGUUAUAUAUAUAUUAUAUAUUUUUUUCAAAUGAAAAUACCCUUUCAAAAUGGUUUUCUGAAAGAAAAGUAUAUUAUUCAAAUAUCCAUCCUUAUAUGAAGAAAGAUGAAAAUAAGAAUGUUUAUUUUAAAUAUGAUAAAUAUGUUUUAAGCUUAGACGAUCAUAGCAAAAUAUUAAAUGUUCAAAAAAAAGACAGUAGAGAGAUAAAUAUAGAUUUUAAAAAAUAUAUAUACAGUGAUUUACAUUUAUAUAAACAUAUUUUACUGAAAACAGCAAUUGAUAUAAAGUAUUCAUCAAAUGCAUAUGAUGAUAAUGAAUUAUUAAAAAAUAGAAAAAAUUAUGAAAAAAAUAGGUAUUUAAGUGAAGAAAAAAAAAAAUUAAAGAAUGUAGAAAGAUGUAACAGUAUAUCAAAAAAAAAUACCCAUCAUUCAAAUGAUUUCAUAAUAGAUAUUAGUGAAUCAUUAUCAGAUAUUUCAGAAAUACAUGAUCAUACUAGUAAUAAGGAAAAUAAAAGAAACUGUGAACAAAGAAAUAUAAAUAAGGGUUUGGAUUUUUUAUUUAAAAAGACAUCCACUAUUCAUGAUAAAAUAAGUAAAAAUAAAACUAAAGUAGAUUAUCUUAAAAAUAAUGUUUUUUAUUUUACGAAUUGUAAAAACACAAAUUAUUGUACUUCUUCAAUAUUUUGUAGUAAAUAUACAUACAUAAUAGGAGUUUUAUUAGAUAACUAUGAUGAAUUAAUAUUUUAUUUAAAAAAAAAAAAAUUCUUUAGUAGUUUAAUAGAAUCAACAAAUUUAGAACAUGAAAACUUGAACAAGCAAAUUAUACCUUAUGAUCAUCAAAAAGAACAACAAAUACAUAAAGAUUUAUGUUUGAUAAAUAAAAUUUCAACGUUUAGCAUAGAAAUGGGUCCUUCAGAAGAUGUCAAUCAAAAUUUUUCAUUGAAGGAAGAAAAUUCGCAAUCAAAUAUGAUAAAAGAUAUUGUUAUUUCAUUAGAACAAAACUAUUCAAAUAAUAUAGAGGAGAGUUGUAAAUCUGAAUUCGAUAAAUUAUAUAUUGUAAAUACGAAUCCUGAUGAAUUAAACGAAAGCAAUGAAUCCUCACAUUUUAGUAAUUAUAAACAUGAUAUAAUGAAUAAUCAUUGGAAAAAUACAAAUAUUUCAAGUACUUUAAGGAAAUCAAACGAUUGUUGCUCCUUUUAUUUAUUAAACUCAAAUUUAAACAAUUGCAAUUCUUUAAUUAGUAAUUAUGAUAAUGAUUAUAUUAAAAUACCUAUAUAUUCUUCCUCAAAAUUAUCUUUUGACGAAAAUAAGAAUAAAGAAGAAAAUUGUUUUUGGUAUUAUUAUCCUGGAAUAAUUGCAAGAGUAUACAAGGAAUGGUUAAAGUGCAAAAAUUUAGAUUAUAAGAAAUUUAAUAAUGAUUUUUAUUACUUAUUUUCAAAUUCUAAUAACUUAAAUGAAUUUUUGAAAAGUAAUAUUAGUAAUAUAGAAAAAGAGGAUGAAAUAAAAUUAUUUGAUAUUAGUCAAGUUUUAAGUAGUAAUCGAAAUAUAAUAAAUAAAAUUAAAACUUCAUAUUCCAGAAGAUGUCCUAGUUUUUUAAGUGAAGAUUUAUGUAGUAAUUCUUUAAAUGGAGUUAUAAGUAAUUUUUUAACAGAUAGAAAUACAAAUUUUGAUAGUUUAUGUUUUCUGAGCUCUAAAACUUUGCAAUCUUUUUUUGAAGAUAGUAAUAUAAAACAAUUUUUAUCAUCUUUAUACAAUGAUAAAAAAGAAUUGAUUAAUGAAGAAAAAUCAUCUAAAAGAAUCAAAAAUUUAAUUUUAGAAUUAGAUAAAAAAAUAUUACAAAAUAAAUUUGAUUAUGAUACUAAAUCAAUAAAUAUUAUAAAUAUGCAAGAUUCGAGUGCUUCUAAUUGUGAAAAUUCAGAUAAAAUUAGACAAAAAAAUAAUAAAGAAAAAAAUUAUGAAUCAUUAAAUAAUAAAAGUAACUCAGAAAAGGAAAAAGAAGAAAAGGAACAUUCUAAUAUUGAAAGAAAAAUGGAAUGUAAUAAUAUAAAAAAUGACAAAAAAUGUAAAUUCACUGAAGACGUCAAUUUAAAUGAUUUAUUAAAUUAUGCAGAAACUUUAAUUUUGCAAAACAAAAAAAAUGAUGCAAAUCACAAAAAUUUAAUAAAUAAUUCUUUAUGUAAUUUAUCAAAUUUUGUUGAAUUAGAUAUUAAAGACAUAAAUAGUUGUGACGAAAUUUUAAGUAAUUUUAUAAAAAAUUUACAAAAAGAGAGAAGUAACGUAGACUCCGAAAGAAAUGAAAAUGAUAAUAAAGAAAAAGUAAAUUCUUUAAAAACUAAGGACGAGAGCUAUUCAGAUAAAAAAAAAUUAUAUGAAGAAAAACAAUUAAAUCAUUUAAUUAAUAAAGAAGAUAAAUUAAAUAAUCAAAUUAUAUUAUCAAAUACUAUGAAAAUAGUGGAUACUGAUAAUAAUAAAUUAAAAGAAAAUCAUCAAGAUUCAAAUUAUAAGUUAGAAAGAACAAAUAAAGAAGAAUUAGUAGAUAAAUAUUCUAAUGUAGAUAAUGAAAAGAAAAGAGAAGAUAAAAAAAAUGACUUAAGUGAAUCAUAUGGGCAGAAAGUAAAUAAAGAAUUUAAUACUGAAAUUAAUUUGAUAAACAAUAAAACUGAAAAUAGUAGUGAAUAUUCAGGAAAAAAAAAAUGUAAAAAUUUAAAUGAAUUAUCAUAUGAUUCUCUUAAUAAAUAUAUCAAUAGUGACUUAAAAAAUGAAAAAAAUAGAAUAAAAAGAGAUACAUUAAUUGAAAUUAAUUCAUCUUGCUCACUUAAUACUGAUGAAGAUAACAAAAUAAAUCUACUAGAUAGUAGUAGGAAACACUAUAAAAAUAAUGAUAAAUCAAUUAAAAAAAAUCAAUUAGAAUUUUCAAAUAAUGAGAAAAUCAAUAAUUUAACUAAAAGGAAAGUUCUGAAUAAUAAUUUCGAAAACUUUAGUAGUUAUUUCAUUACUGAGAAAAAUUCUUCAAAUUUCAAUGAAGAGUUAAUUAUGUCAAAUGAAAAUGAUAUCAUAAAUAAUAAAAAUACAAAAGAUAAAUAUUGUUAUAACAAAAAAAUUGAAGAUUAUAAUUUUAAAAAGCAAAAAUAUGAAAAGCAAUUUAAUUUAAAUAAUUUAUCAAGUAUUAAUUUAGAUGACAAUGAAGAGGAUAGUAACAAUAAUUAUUUUGAUACAGAUAACAAAUUGAAAAAAGAUGAAAAAAUAAAUACUCAGGAUCUUAAAAGUAAAUUAUAUAAUGAUGAAAUUAAAGAAAACAUAUUUAUAAGUCAUCAAAACGAAAUAAAUUAUAAUUUAAUAAACAACUCAACAGUAUUAUCCAAUAAAAGCAUAUCUAAUACAAAGAAAUUUAUAGACAAAGAAGAGGAAUCUAAUAUAACAAGAGAGUUGAAUUUAGAAAUGAUUGAUAAUCUUAAAAAGAGAUUACAUGAAAAUAACAUGAACAGAAUUAAUAGUAAGGAAGAUAUACAAUUAUUUGAAAAAAAAAUAAAAAGUAAAAAAGAUGAUGACACUGAAGACAAGUUAAAACAAGAAUUUCAACAUAAUGAUAAGGAAUAUAAAGAAAUAAACUGCGAAUUGAAAAGUCCAAGUGUUUUAGGCAUAAAAAAUAUUUCAAGAAGUAAAACUUCUGUUGAAAAAUAUUGUAUACAUAGUAAUGAAAUUAAUUACAGUUCCAAUAAUGAAUUAUCACAUUUUAAUGAUGAAAAUAAUAAAAUUGAUAAUUAUAAUGAUGAUGAUUAUGAAAAUGAUUUUGGUUAUAAUUCUGAAUACAUAAAACUAAUUGAAGAAAAAAAUUAUUCUAAUAAUUUUUCAAAUGAUCCUAUAAAUAAUAGCUUUGAUCCUGAAAGUUAUGAGCUUCUUGAAAAUUUGAAAAAAUAUAUAUCAUUAGGAUCAAGUAAAAAAGUAUUUAAUAAUGACAAUUUUAGUAAUAUUUCACUACUGGAAUCUAUCAAUAAGUACUUAGAAAAUAAUAAACAAUUUAACAUAAAUAUAUUUAAUGAGUUAAUAUUUGAUGAAAAUAAAAAAAAAGAUGAAGAUCUAAGAAAACUACCCUUAAAUAUUUGUAAAACAAAACAAAAUGAAGAAGUAAACAAUGAAAAACUAAAUAACAAAAAUUACAUUGACACAAUAAAAGAAAAAGGUACAGAAUAUUAUGAUAUUUCUGAUGAAAAUAAGCAAUUAAAUUAUCAUGAUAAAAACUUAAAUAUUCAUUUAUCUUCUAAUUCUUAUGAUGAACCAAUAAUAAAUUUCCUUAAUACAUAUAUAUUUGAAAACAAUAAUAAAUUAAUGAAAAAUGCUAUUUUAAAAAUAAAAAAUUUUGAUAAUUUAAAACCUAAAAAUGUUAACAGUAACUCAAAUGGAGAAUUAAAUAUAUCAUCGGAGAUUUCACAUAACAGAAAUGAAAAUAAUAAUAAUAACAAUAACAAUGAAGAAAAAAAUCAUGAGCAAGAAAACAAUAUCAUAAAAGGAACUCAUUUAAAAAAAAAAAAUGAUAUAAGAAAUUCUUCUAGAAAAAUAAACGAUAAGCAGUAUCCCUACGAUAAUUCUAAUAAUAGUUGUUAUAGUAAGUUAAGCAAUGAUAAAAAGGGAGAAAAUCACUAUGGUUACGAUGAAUAUGAAAAUGAAAUAGGAAAAAAUAAAUAUUAUUGUGAGAAUAUCAAAGAUUUAUCUAAAAUAGAAUUAGAAACUUCUUUGAAUAAAAAAAUGCAUAAUUUUGAUAGAUUAAAUAAUUAUGAAGAUUAUAAAGAUAACAUUAAUGACGAAGUUGUUGAAUGUAAAAAGGAUAAUAAAAAGAGCAAUGAUGAAAGAACUUGUGAUAAGUACCAUUGUAUAAAUGAUUUUGAAAAUUUAAAUAAAAGUGAGACAUUUUUAAAAUACUUUUCUGAAUUAAGAAAUAAAUUCAAAGGUAAUGAAGGUUAUCCAGAGGAAAAAUGUAUUAGAAAAGCUGAUAUAAAAUUAACUAUUAACAAUAAUGAUAGUUCAUGCGAAAAUCUUAGAGAAAAUGAAAAUUAUAUAAAUUAUAGGGAAAGCAAGCACAUAAAUGAUGCAUAUUCAUUAAAUAAUGAGAAACAAAAAAAUAUUUAUCAUUCUAAUAAAAAUAUAUUUAAUAAAACAUUUGGAUUUCAAAAUGGAGUAUCAGAAACAAGCUCCUCUUCUGAUAACAAUUUAACAGGACUAUUAAUAGGUAGCGAUAUUUUUUAUGAAUCCUUUGUUUACAAAAGCUUAGGAGAUAUAGAAAAUUUAAAAAGAAGAAUAGAUGAAUAUAAAAAAAAGGGAGUAAAAAAUAAGGAAAACGAGGAAUUAAAUGAAAAAGAGUCUUUUAUAAUCAAAGAUAUAGUUGAUAAUUUGGAAAGUAGAAAAAAUACCAAUGAAGAAGAUUUAAAAUACAACGAAAAUAUGAUACAUAAUGAUUUUAAGGAUAAUAAUGAUAAACUAACUGAUAAGUAUAAUGAUAUUAGUAAUAAAAUAAAUAGCAUUAGUAACGUUUGUAAUGGCAACAUAAAUAAUAAUAAUAAUAAUAAUUAUGACAAUAUAAAAGAUAUGAAGCAUAAAAAAGAAAAAUAUAAAGAACUUAAUUCAAGAACAGAAAACGAAAAAUCAAUAGAAGAGUCACAUUCUAACUAUUCUAUUACUUCAUCAAAGAACAUCAAAGAUAAAAUAGAAAAAAAAUCUGAUCCAUUUUCCCCUAAAAAUGUGAUAAACACAUGUAAAAUAAAAAAUAUAAAUACUAAAGAAAACAAUGAACAAUUAAAAAAUGAAAAUGAUAUUUAUAUAGAAAAAAAUCAUAUCAAAUAUAAUAAUUUAAAUAAUGAGAUAAAUGUUAAAAGUAGUGAAACGGCUGGGGAAAAUAAUUUAAAAAAUAAUUUCAGUAAUAAUGAAGUUUAUAAAAAUUCUAACAUUCAUAAAUAUUGCAACAAAGAAAAUAAUAUUAAUAAUGAUAAUUGUAGCAUAAAAAGUAAUUUACAAAAUAAAAUGGAAAAGAAGGAAAAUUUUAAAAUAUCAGUAAAUGGAAAAAUUUUAAAUAAUGUAUCAAAUAAAAUGAGUUUUUGUAGUAGUAAUAACAAUGAUAAUAAUAAUAAUAAUAAUAAUAGUAUUAAUAAUAGAAGUAUUAUUAGUGAUUUAAAAAAAAAUGUAUUUAAUGAUGAUUUUAAGAAAGAAGAAAAGGAUAAUAAUGUUUUUAAUAACACUAAAAUAUCUGAGGAAAAUGAGAACUUUAAAACAAAAAUAUUAACAUAUUAUCAAACAGAAGAAAAUGUUGUAAAAUGUAAGGAAUAUAAUAAAGAUAAAAAAUGUAAUAAUUCAGAGAAAGAAAUGAUUUAUGAUACGCCUAUUCCUUCUUCCAAUGCUAAUGAAUAUUUAAUUCAUAAAAAUGUUUAUAAUGAAAAAUCGAGUAACGAUAUUAGAAUCAUCUCAAGUAAUUCUUUCUUUGUUGAUAAUGAUUCAUCUUUGAUCAGUAAAAAUUCUAUUGAUUCAGGAAAAAGUUUUUCAGACAUCUUUGUGAAAGGCAGUAACUUAUCCAAACUAUCUGACAAUCUGAAAACAGAAGAAUUAAAAAAUGCUUAUAAAGAUGCUUACAACAAUUUAUAUGAACAGUAUCAACAAAAAACAGAAAGUAAUAUAAAUUCAGAUGAAUGUAAUAUGAAGUAUAAUAGAAAUAAAUCAAAAAAAAAAAAAAUAGUUCUUCAGAAAGAAAAAAAAAUAAAAAAUGAAAUGAAAAAAAUAAAUAAAUCGAUGAGUAAUACAAGAAUAACACUUACAACCACAACAAUAGAUAAUCUAGAAGAUUCAGAUUAUAUAGGAAACAAUUUUAAUAUAAAAAAUUUUAAAACAUCUGCAAAAUUUUUAAAACAAAAUCGUUAUAACCAAUUAAACGAGAAAAAAGAAAAAGAAGAAGAAAAAAAAAAAAAAAAUAGAUAUUACGAUAAAAAUAAUCAAUCUUUUUAUAAUUCAGAUUAUAUUCAACAUUUUAAUACAAUUCUUAAUACCUAUUCCUGGUCUCCUGAUAAUUUAAAUAUAAAAAAGAAUAAUUAUCUUUUUAAAAAAAGUAAUACUUAUUUAGAUGUAGCAAGCACUGAAGACAGUGAUCCAUCUGGUAUAAGUAAUUUUGUAAAAGAUGCUUUAUAUGAUAAUUCUAGUUCCAAUAAAUCAUCUAAUAAUUAUGAGAAUUUAAAAAGAAACAAAAAAAAAUGGAAAUCAGAAAGAAACUUAUAUCAUUUUUUAAAAAGACAAAAAAGAAAAAAAUAUAUACAAAAGUUCAGGAGUGCUGAUAUUUUAAAAAAUAUAGAGAAAGAAUCAAAAGAAUCUUUUAUUGAAUUAAUUCAAGAAGGCAAUAUUUUUCCAAGCAUCAGAAUAAAAAAUAAGAGAACUUUUAAUUUCCUUGAGGAUACGAAAAGUUCAUUCGUGGAAAACGAAAAUUCUGUAAAACAAUGUAGAAAAAAAUUAGAAAUAAAUGAUUAUGAAAAUUAUUCAAAUAUGUACGAAAAUAUCUUGAAUAGCAGUUUAAAUACAUGUUUACGUAAAGAAAAUAACAGUGAAAAUUUAUCUUCGAAUAUACUAAAUAGCAACGUAAAUGUAAAUAAUGCAAACAUUUUAAGCAGCAAUAUAUUUGAUGAAUACAGUCAAGAAUAUAUAAAAGAAAAACAUUGUAUGGUUAAUGAAGAAAUAAAGAAUGAAAAUAAUGGAGAAUAUUCUAUGAAUAAUAAAAAUAGCAAUCUCAAAGUAUCUAAAAGAUACAGUAAUUACCAUCUAAAUAAAGAUAAUAAUAGAGAUAAAAAUAUAAAAUUAAGUGAUUGUAUUUAUAGUAAUAAUCUUUUCAGAAACAACACGAAGAAAGAAAAAAAUAAUAAUAAUUUUUUGCCUUUUUCAAACAGUAACCAAUUCAUAAAGUCUAAUGAUGAAGGUAUCGUUAAUUCAUGUAUAACAAAUUAUACUAAGAAUUCUAAAAAAAUGAAUAUAUUGAAUACAAAUGAAGAAAAUAAUGUACCCAUUAAGAAAAAAAUUAGUAAAAUUAAUCAUAAAGUUAUUGGUAAUAUUGAUAAUAUAAUGAAUGAUUCUAAUUAUGAAUUAAAAAAUUACUUAACGAACGAUCAUUAUCAAAAUAAUAGUUCUUCUAUCAUUUCUUUUAAUGAACAACCUUUAAACAAAGCUAAAUCAAAUAAUAGUUUUCCUAAAUCUGAUUCUAUUUAUAUAAAUUCUAAUUUUUCAUUUGAGUCAAAAUAUAACGAAAACAUAUUGAAGAAACAUAAAACAAGUGAAAAAGUAGAGAUAGAAACUGAAAAUAAUAUGAAAGAAAUAGUAGGAAGUUCAAUUCAUAAUAAAGAAUGUAAUGAAAAAAAAAACAUGACAAAUGAUAAAGAAAAUGCAACUCCUAAAAAAAAUGUGCACAAUAAUGUAAGAGUCAGAAUAGAUGAUGAUAAAAAAAAAAAAAUUGUAGAAGAAUUAAAAAAAAAAUUCCAUACACAAAAUAUAUUAAGUGUAAUUGAAGCAAAAAACUCUACAAAAGAAAAAAAAAGUGAAGAAAAACCAAGUGAACUAGAUAACAAAAAAAAAAGUUCUAGAAAAAGGAUACACAUUGAUCAAAAGAAACUUGAAGAUGCUAUUAAAAAUUUUAAAAAUUAUAAAAAAAUGAAUGAAAGAAAUAGCAAAACAAGUAAAUUAAAAAAAAAAAAAAAAUAUAUAGAAAGACCAAAUAAUAAUAUUCCUAUUAAAUUUCCUUAUUCACUAGAUAAUUUCUGCAAUGUUAUUAAUAGUGAAGAAGAAAUAAAUGAUAGCAUAUUCAUGAAUACAAGUAAAUAA